GUUUAAAGUAGGAGCAGUAUCAACACUUGGGAUUUUAGAUUAGAGACAAACGUAACCAAAACUCUUUCAUGUUCGGUCUCUUUUGUUCUGUUCUCUUAGUUUUUUUGUGUCUUCUCUCAUCUUUUCUAAUUUUCUCAGGAAAAAUCUUGGACAUUCCUAGAAACUUUAUUAAAACAAAUCAAAAGAACCAAAUAGAUUCUUUCGAUCACAAUCAGAUUCCUCUGGAUCGGACCAAGAUGAAACCAUCAGCUUCUUUAGAUAGCUGGAGAGAGUUUUUCCGGCGAGGAGAUUCCGAUAUUUACGAGAUCAUCGAUCACGCUAUCAUGGUUGCCGCUGCAGAUUCCCCUAACAAAUUCAAAUCAAGAAGAGAUAAAAUCGCAGAGCUUCUCUUCUCAUGUAGAGUCACUCGCUGCAACGGAUGCGACCAUCUCGAGCUCUCCCUUCCCGGAGACGACGAGGAGGCUCAUCUCGGAGGUGAUACGACCGUUGGAGAUAACAAUAAUAAUCAGAUUGUUAGUAGUUAUAGUUAUGAUGAUGAAGCUGAGGCUUUGAGUGAUGCGAUUGAAGAGUUUUCUAUGGUUUCUAAGGAGGUUGUUAGGAUUAAAGACAUCUUUCUCAACAAAGACCACCAGCCACACUCGGUGAUACUUGAAUCCCUAAGGAAGCUAAAGUUGAUGUCUUUGAAUGUGGAUAUUCUCAAGAGUACUGAGAUUGGAAAGGCUGUUAAUGGAUUGAGGAAACAUGCUUCUGAUCAGAUUCGCCAACUUGCAAAGUCUCUCAUCGCAGAGUGGAAGGAGCUAGUUGACCAAUGGGUGAACACCACAAAGGAAAUCGCUGGUGCUGGAGGUACACCAGAGUCUGCAAAUCCGUCUGUUGUUGAUGAUGAAGAAGCGUUUCCAUCGCUUCCUUAUGAUGUUGACAUCUUCACACCAGAAGCUAACGGUUUUGAGAUGUUAAAUGGGGACUUCUUUGAUUCUUUGGACUUUGAUGGAAAUCCUUGUAACUCUGGGGAAUACAACACAAGCCGAGAACACGAAAGAAGAAGAACACAGAAGAGAAGACCUGAGGGAACACAAAUGAGGACACAAGACGAUCCUUUCAGAUCUAUUAAGCCACCAUUAUCAGCUAAUGAAACUAGGAGACCUCUAAAUCAUGAAAUGGGAUCUGUUCACAAGUCCCAAAGGAAACCGCUAGCUACUGAACAGAAGCGGAAAGCUCCAGGACCUCAACAAGAAAAACUUAAAGGUCUUGACGCAGACGCAAAGUUUGAGUUUGCUAAAAGGAAACUUCAAGAGAGCUACCAACACCAUGACAACGCCAAGAAGCAGAGAACGAUACAAGUAAUUGAUACGAUCCCAAAGCAAGGCAGUGCUGCUCAGAAACCACAACUCAAGAGACCUGGAAUGAACAACAGGAAUUGGUCAAAUGGGCGUAAAUAGCUUCUUCUCUGUUCAAAAUGGUGAAUAACACACUCUCGGCGAAAGUCAUUACUUUACAUAACAUACCUACGAGUAUCAGCAAUCUCUGGUGAAAUAAGGUGAGAUAGAUUCUAGUUCCACUAGCUGGAGACAGAAACAAGUAGAGGAGAGCUUAACAUAAUCAACAUCUGAACAUUUCUUUUUAACGAAACUGUUAACUUCUCUGUUUUCUUCUGUCUGGAAUUCCACCAGUUUGCAGCCCAAUUGUUGUUACUUUCUGUGUUAUACUGCAUUCUUGACACGUUCGGUACAGUCCGGUUUAGUUUAAUCCGGUUUGGUCGGGUCCCUUACAUUACAUUACGGUAGUAUAACAUAUAAAAUUGUAAAAGAGCGUUGCGUUGGUGGAAAAGCUUUUCGAAUUGACCGGCUCUUUACCUAACUUUGUAUUAGUGACGUGAAAUGCAUGCUUUGGUCCGUUUGGACUUUGGAUCAUAGCAAUAUAGAUGAUCACAUAUUUUUUCUUUUUUC